UGUGGUGGGUUUCAGAGUUGGUUAGAUUAUUUCAUAAUCUUUAAUAUAUAACCAGAUUCCAGGCAGGUCACAGUGAAAUAGGACAAAGUCCUUUAUGUGGGUUAAAGAUCAGUGGGCACCAGCCAGUAGUUUCGUGUAUCAUUUUUCAUGCUUACAGACCUUGCUAUUUGGUGAAUAUAAUGUACAAGCUUUAACACACCCUUUGACAACCUUCCAGUGUCCCUACAGUAUGACAGGAAAAGCAACUUAGGUUAGAGAGGAGAUUGGGAAUUAGCUGUAGCCCUUAACAGGGUGCUGCUGAGUCUGAACCCGGCGCUGAUUGUAACUCACACUAAAUGUAUUAUGCAUCACGAAGAAAAAAUUGCUGCCUGUUGACUCUUAAUGCACCGUUCAUUGUGAGGUGGAUCAGAUUUCUUAGAUGCUAAAAAUGAGGAGUUGAUAAAAUACAGUAGUAUCUCUCUGGAGAUUUUGGGCAUUUGCUGGUCUCCUGUAUACCCACUGCCCCUGUCACACAAUGAAACUCAUGGGAAUAUUUUGAAGUUCACUGAAUGUUAACACUUUAAGAUAUUCCUCAACGUGAGCUACAAAAGAUCUGCUCUUGCCAGUCCUUGAGAAAAUAGGACCUCGUGUUUGGGGAAUAUAAAAGCUGAUUUCCUAAUCUCCUUUUCUAUAAUUUUACCUUUUAACUGUUCUGUUUACUUUGAAAAGAAAACUGUGACUUCUUAAAGGUAGUCUUAAAUUUUAGUGACAGUCAAGGUUUUGUUUUCCUGGGGUUUUCAAGCUGAUUCCUUGAACACCGCCUUUAGGAGGAAUUAAACAAUAGAAAACAGGCACUUGGCUUUUUUGUUCUUGAGUUGAUUUUCAAGUGACCUCAGAAACAUCUCAGCAUGUCUAAGAACAUUAAAUAGGAGUAACUGAUUUCCUAGAGUCACUUGUUUUCUGUCGACAUCAUUUCAUAAACCCAGAGCACUUUACUGAGUUGCUCUCAGCCUUCUCGGGGGCAUAGAAUUGUCUCAUGUUGCCAUCAUUCCUAACACCUGCUUUUAUUUCUCAGAAGUUCGUCUGUGUUCACGUCCUGUUUUGAUAAGAAGUGAUUGUAAGGGAGGACUGCAGUGCACUUGGCCUUUGCGAGAGCUACUUCUCGGUGGUCUAACUCAUAGGCCUCCCAUUUCAGAGAGGCGGGUUGUGUCUGAACAGUGUGCUCUGCAUCAUGGCAGCUGUGAGCUGAGUUACUGGAAACUGAUUAACUCACCUCUUCUGUGCUGCUUUCUCCUCUCCCUCAUUCAGUUUAACAUUUGGAAAAAAGUUAACAUUUGCUAGUGGUAUAAAAAUGAUAGAAUCUCAGGGUUAAAAAGCAUUUUCAAUUCUAGUCCAGUCUUUCUUGGACUUUAACUCUUUCCUCGGCCCCCCUGAAAGGCCAUCUUCCACCCCAGACCUAUGCUUGAAAACCAUCAACAGCAAAGAAAGCAUUUUUCACUGAAGCCAAUGAGCUGCCUUUGUUGACUUUUGCACAUGACUUAGGGUACAACUGUUACUCUCUCUGGUGGAAUCUGCAGUGGUUCCGUUAAUUCUUUUCAACUGAUAAUAGACAUUAAUAUUUAAGCACAUGUAAAGAAUUGUCACCAAGUAUAUUAUGAUUUGUGAAAGACAGGAAAGAAAAUGGGCUAAUUCAUGUAGUACUUAGGAAAUAAAACAUUAAGAUAAUCUGUUGUGUUUACUAUUGUUUUUUGUUUCUUUUAAGCUGGAGCAGUGGUGUCAGGGCCUUCCCCAGUGCGGAUUGGCAGCCUACCUCAUCUUGCCCGUAACUCGUGCUCUGCUGUUGAACAGACCAGGGUAGACUGCUGAUGACACCACUUCCUGCCCAGACCCUUGAGGUCACGAAGAUCAGUUCAACAUAUAUCUUGUACUUUAAGCUCUCUACAGAGAGAAUACAGAAUGGACCUCCAUGUCUGUAACAGUGGAACCAAGGCCAAUAAUACUACUUUUGGUCAAUUUUCCGGAACCUGUGGGCCUCAAUUACUCCAUGUUUAUUCCUACCUUGCUGAAUCAGGGCACCACUGCUCAGCAAGAGAAAUGGCUGCUUGCAUCCAAAGAACUCCAGAUAAUUGGCACCUACGCCCAGACGGAAUUGGGCCACGUUCUGUGCACCGAGGGCAACCUGAACCUCUGGAUCUCCACUUGGGCAUGUUCCUGCCCACCUUGCUUCACCAGGCAACCGCGGAACAGCAGGAGCGCUUCUUCAUGCCCGCCUGGAACUUGGAGGUCAUUGGCACUUAUGCCCAGACAGAGAUGGGUCAUGGCACUCAUCUUCGAGGCUUGGAAACCACAGCCACUUACGACCCUAAGACCCAGGAGUUCAUUCUCAACAGUCCUACCGUGACGUCCAUCAAGUGGUGGCCUGGUGGCCUUGGAAAGACUUCAAAUCACGCCAUAGUUCUUGCCCAGCUCAUCACUAAGGGGAAAUGCUAUGGAUUACAUGCCUUCAUCGUGCCCCUCCGGGAUAUCGAGACCCAUAAGCCCUUGCCAGGUAUUACCAUCGGAGACAUCGGCCCCAAGUUUGGCUUUGAUGAAAUAGAUAAUGGCUACCUGAAGAUGGCCAACUAUCGUAUUCCCAGAGAAAACAUGCUGAUGAAAUAUGCCCAGGUGAAGCCCGAUGGCACAUACGUGAAGCCCCCGAGUAAGAAGCUGACCUACGGGACCAUGGUGUUCGUCAGGUCCUUCCUUGUGGGAGAAGCUGCUCGGAGUCUGUCUAAGGCUUGCACCAUUGCCAUCCGCUACAGCGCCGUGAGGCACCAGUCCGAAAUCAAGCCAGACGAGCCGGAGCCACAGAUUUUGGAUUUCCAAACCCAGCAGUAUAAACUUUUUCCGCUUCUGGCCACUGCCUAUGCCUUCCAGUUUGUGGGCGCCUAUAUGAAGGAGACCUAUUACCGGAUUAAUGAAGACAUCGGCCAUGGGGACCUGAGUGAACUCCCUGAGCUUCACGCCCUCACCGCAGGCUUGAAGGCUUUCACCACCUGGACGACUAGUGGGGCUAUCGAAGCCUGUCGUAUGGCCUGUGGUGGCCACGGCUACUCUCACUGCAGUGGUCUUCCAAACAUCUACGUCAACUUCACCCCGAGUUGCACCUUCGAGGGAGAAAACACUGUCAUGAUGUUGCAGACGGCCAGGUUCCUGAUGAAGAGCUAUGACCAGGUGCACUCGGGGAAGCUGCUGGGCGGCAUGAUGUCCUACCUGAACAGCCUGCCCAGUCAGCGCAUCCAGCCGCAGCAGGUAGCUGGCCGGCCGGUUGUGAUGGACAUCAGCAGCCUCGACAGCCUGACAGAAGCCUACAAGCUACGCGCGGCCAGAUUAGUAGAAAUUGCUGCAAAAAACCUCCAAACUGAAGUAAUGCGCCAAAAAAGCAAGGAGGUGGCUUGGAACCUAACUUCCGUCGACCUGGUUAAAGCCAGCGAGGCGCAUUGCCACUAUGUGGUAGCGAAGCUCUUUUCAGAGAAACUCCUCAAAAUUCAAGAGAAAUCCAUCCAAGCUGUGUUAAGGAAUUUGUGCUUCUUGUAUUGUCUGUAUGGAAUCAGCCAGCACUCAGGAGAUUUCCUGCAGGGGAGCAUAUUAACAGAAUCUCAAAUUACUCAAGUAAACCAGCGUAUAAAAGAGUUACUGAUGGUGAUUCGCCCUGAUGCCAUUGCUUUGGUGGAUGCCUUUGAUUUUAAGGAUAUGGCCCUGGACUCAGUGCUUGGCCGCUAUGAUGGGAAUGUGUAUGAAAACUUGUUUGAGUGGGCCAAGAACUCCCCACUGAAUAAAACAGAGGUCCAUGAGUCCUACCAUAAGUACCUGAAGCGUCUGCAGUCCAAGCUCUGAAGUGUCCUGGGGCGUCCUGCUGCUGAAAGCCACUGUGUCUACUUCCUUCCCUCACACCUUGCACACUAAUCUGCCUGGAGUUUUUGUCCUAUUCAGAGAGCUCUAAAGCAAAUGAAAAAUUGACAACCCCUUUCUUUCCUCUUUUUGUAAAUGAAGAAAACAAUGAACAGAUUGCCGAGAUUAAGUGAGAAAACAGAUGUGUUUUAAGUGCAAUUAACACUGAAAGAGACCUGUUAAGCAUUCAAAAGAAGCUUUAAGAAAUGCAGUAUGACUUCCUUUUGCAAUGCUGCUGAUCCCAGUAGGCUGUGACUUUGGAUAAUUAGCAGAAUUUAACGGCUUACUUGCUUAUCACUGGAUAUAUAAGUGUUUUGAAAAGGUAUUUUCAGUGGGGUGGAAUCUUUCCUAGCUUUCCUGCUAAAUUUCCUAUCCUGGAGCCAGGCUGAAAAGGGCUGGGGAAAGAAAGGAAUCAGGAACCUAAAUGUGAGUUUGUGCUCGACAUGUUUUCUGCCUGCCUGCCCUCUGCCCUGUGUUCCUGCCUAACUCUCCAUCGUGGCGUGUUUUCCAACACGAGAAUUUUCCGCAGCGCAGGCCUACUGCAGGGUCACUGUCCCAUGUAAUUAGACAUGAAUCUUCCCUUCAAAGGAUUCCCGAGUUGUCACUCUAGCAGCACUGCCCCUCCCUGGGCCCGGCUUCUUGGGAAAGGGGCAGGUGGCCCAGUCAUCUGUACGUAGGACUCUGGGCAACUCGUGGUGGUAUUUGCUCUCCCUCCCGCCAUCUCUUCUCCCUCCCCUAAACGAGAUGCUGCAGGGAGGAGAAGAAAGUCACAGUUCUUAGUAGAACUCAUGUGAGAACUCUGUUACGGUUAUUGUACUUUGGUGAUCAUGUUAAUUGGAUUUUCUGGAACAAUCCAGAUUUAAAAUAUCUUGGUAUAAGCCAUUAAAAUGCUUGGAGGUUACAAUAUUUGGCACUCCAAAAAUAAAAGUGUCACUCAGGUCUCCUGUACCCAGGAGUAGCGCAGAAAAUCUUUCAUUAACUGUGGGUUCUGAUUUUUGAUUCAGAAAAUAUAAUCAUUAAACUAUAGCUAAAGGACUUCUUACCAUAUAUCUGGUUUUAUCUGACUUUUUUCAAUGUUUCUCUGAGUUUAUCUGAAUUUUAAUGUCCUUUCAGCUCAAAUAUAAUUUACACAAUCAUUCCGUGUUUUAAGAUUACACGUGUACCUCUCUAUGCCUUUUUUCUGAAAUCAGUGUAAAGCAACAUGUCACUUGAUUUUUUUUAACCUGUUAACUCUGUCUGUGCCAUCUGCCUCACGAAACCAGAUGUAGAGACAGUCUUGAGAAUGAGGUGUAAGUCAGUGGAAUUGUAGUUUCUGUCUUGGAACCUGUCCCAGGAGAACAGGAUAAUAGAUGUUUAGGUCCAGCAGAAAUACUGACAAGCCUUAUCCUUGCACCGGGAGGACCAGCUGAUAAAUGUGUCAAGACUGAAGUGGGGAAGUACUCAGUUAAUCUCUCUCUCGGGUGUAUUUUGACAAUAGUUCCAAUUCUAGGAAAUAACUAAUUUAAAUUGCUUAAUAAUGACCUGUCAAAUACAGAAUUAUUUCAGUUAGUGGCUAAAUACUCAGUCACAGGGAGCAGCUGGCACCCCGCUCUCAGGGUGUUGGAAAUGACGCCUGCCUGGGCCAGCUGCAUGGAUCUGGGGUCUGGCUGGGCCGGUUUAGACUGGUCGUGGUCGGUUCAGAGCCGCCUCAGUCUAGCACCUUGAGUUUUACUUAAAAGCUAAAUCUGAUAUUUGCUACUAUUUUUAUUAAUAUUGGAAUGUUUUACCUUGAACUUUAUUCAGUGUAAUCAAAGAAUAAAGAUGGAAUAAAACCUCAGUGAGUGUACUUUCAAGAGAAAGAACGCUGCACCAUUAAGCAUACAUUUCAAGACAGAAUUUUAAGAUACAGGUUUUAUGUUUAGGCAACACAUAAGAACAAAAAAGAGAAAGCAGGAGACUUGCCUGAGCAGGUAGUGGGUGUCAGCAGACAAGGUGUGGUAGCCUGAGGGGCUGCUCCGCUGGCCGCUGGCUUCUCACUGCAGACAAGCAGUGGCCUGUCUGCCUUCUGUGAAGCCAGAUCACCCACGUUCAACCCGGUUGGGCUCUCGUGAGCUGCCUUUAUAAAAGGUGCAAAGAUAAGUUUCAACCAGUUCUUCACCAAAAUUAUAAGUAUGGUGUAGAAUGAAUGAUUCUUUUGAUACUGAGCUAGGCUUUUUAAAAAAUAAAAAUAAAAAACAGUAGCCAGGAUUGAAAAGCUGCGCUAUAACAGACAUUUUUGCUACUUACAGUGGAUGAGGAUUGGUUGGUGGUUCUUGCUCAAGUAUUUGGAGCUGCUUUCUCAUAGGCUUCACCAGAUCUGUCCCGAGGUGUGUUUUAGUAUUGGGACAUUGAUGACCUCAAGGCGCAGUUGGUCCCAAAGCCCUGGGGGCCUUCCCUGUCUGGUCUCAGAACAGCACUGCUAAGAUCAGUUUAUCUUCAGAAUGUUGACCUAAUUGCAACAGGAACCAUGUUCACGCUUUCUGAGAACACAAUGCCUAUAAUUUCCAAUCGCAGGUGCUUUAUAGUUCCAAAAGGUAGCACGUUAAAAUCAUGAUCCUAGAGUUUUCUGGGGAAGGAAAAUUCUUUACAUGAAGCCUGCUCCACUCCCUCAGUUCUUUCCGCCCAUCCCCUUAGGAAGAGAAUUAGAUGCAGAUGAUAAGUAACAACUGCUAAUCUUGUUAGUUUGUGGGGGCCCCUACCACCACUGGGAAGAGGAGCCUUGCCAGGAAACUGAUGAUUCUACCCCUGACCAAAAGUCUUGGUGAUCUUCCUGACUCAGAUAAAGCUGAUCCUUUUCAUGGAGUAAUACAGAGAUCAUCUCAGCUAACUCAGUAUUUACUGCCUUCUUAGCAGAUUAGACGAAGUCACAAUGUAAAUGACUCCAUCGUGAAUGUUUGGCAGUGGGGUUCAGGAUCUUUUUCUGUAGUUCAUGAUAGUAAAUAGAAUGUUUGGUUUUGAUUUUGCCUUAAGUGGGCCCUUGUUUAUCUUGAAGAUUAUGGAAAAUUGGAGGUGAUUUUAAGAAUUGUGAGCCUAAAUAAAUAGUUUUGCAACAACACUGUUGCCUGUUUCAUAGAUUAGGCAACAGUAUGUGAUCUUCCAGACCACUCAGACUACUACUUUGUAGUUUCCAGUUGCUAUGGGUUCAAAGAAAUAACUUGUGUCCUUUUCCUUUUAUUGUUGUGGUUUGAGGUUUCUUCCUGACAGUGCAAUUUUCCUACAUUGCGUCUCAUCCCUGAUGGACACAUCAGUGGGGUGGGGGCACCAAGUCCGUGCCUGGGUCCAGAGCAUGUGACUCCUGGUUGGACAGAGGUGACCCACCAGCCCUGCUCGGCCUGCGGGUAAACCAAACUAACCCCUUUUUCCUUUGUAAAAUUAAACACUUAAUAAACUCUAACACAAAAGUGUGUCUUUAUUGGUGCU